AUGGCCAUGGCAAAGCCGGUGGUGAUGAACAUGCCGUUUCUCGAUCUGCCGGCAGAAAUGAGAAAUCGAAUCUACGACAGCGCCCUCACCCACAAUCGCAGACAUGGGCAGAGCGCCGCAGUCGCACUGCUACGCACAUGCAAGCAAGUCCACCAAGAAGGGGUCGGCAUAUUCCAAGCACGAAGCAACUUCACGAUCGACGUCAAGUUCAAGGUCUCUGCAAGAUCGUAUCAUGUCACUGCAUCCGGCGACAUGAUUUGGUCAUUGGAGGAUCCAUCUAUCAUCACCCUCGCGAGCAAUCUACCACGCGAAGUGCUCAAGCCAAACAUCGUCUGUGUCAAGAUCGCCCUGAGCCGUACCAAGUCAAUGCGCCUAAGCUAUAUCACGCGAACCGACUACGCAGCAGUCAACCGCUUUCCGUACGCGCUAGUACAGCAUCUGAACUCAGAUCACAAGCUUCGAGGUCUGGUGCUGGAGUUGGAGGACGGCAGAAUUAUGCGGAAGCUCAACAAGGAACCCGACGACUUCGCCGAGAUCUUCUGGCCACUGUCCAUGUUGCGCACCAAUGUUCUCGUGCGAUAUCUGGGGUUCGAACACACCGUCUUGUCGAGCAUGCAGCCUCAGCUCGACGAGCGACCGACUCCCAGCAAGACACCAAACAACAUGAUCGCAGUGCACCAGGUGCUGGGAGGCUUACAUCAAGAAGCCAAUAAGUACUCGAAGAAGAAGUCCACCUCCAAAUACACCGGCGAGGAGUUCGGUGUCGACGACCCGGAGAUCGACCAGGCUUACAGCAGGAGAAGAAGCCAUGCAUUAGGUACAAUCAAGAUUCUUGAGCUCCGAGGCUUCUUAUUCAUCACAGAGAGCAUCGAGGGGGUCGUACAACACAACCUAGAGAAAGUGCAGAGAACCGAUCCUCGCUGGUACAUGGAGUAG